AUGUCUGCUCGUCACAGAGCUUACACCCCUUGCUACUCCGCCUCUGCUCUGACCUUCUCCCGAUCCAUUUCCCUCUCGUCAAAGAUACACGCGGCUACUGUGCAGAUGAAACCAAUUGGAAUCCAAAAGGGCAUGUCUUCUCUCUUCAAAGCCCACCGCUUCUCCCUCUUUUCAGCUGCGCCGAUCAUGCGUGUUGCUUCUGCCUGCGCUCCCGUUGCAUCAUCCACGCGACACCAAAGCUCCUCAAGAUCAGCGGAUAAAGCUGGAGACAGCAAGAAUGAAGAUCUUGAGACCAUGUUCCUAAUGCUGUCUGGCAGCAUGAAGCCGCAGACGGUCAAGAUCAACCGUAGCAAGCGCUUUCUCGUGUGCCUGGAGCAGACGAUGGACGUGCUCGAGCACGAGCUUGCCAAAGAAGUACCGGGCAUCUUCCGUGUGCUCAAUGAUCGAGGACUGCCUGAAAUCCGAUGGAAUACAGCACAGGAGCAACAGAUCUUUGAUUUCUUGCGUUCUCAUGAGUUUGGAACAGUUGACAAGUCCUUCGUGUACCAAGGGGCGUUCGCUCUUGGAGUGAAGCGCGUGAAGUUCUUGUCUCUCUUCUCUCUCUGCUUCACCAGCUUUGGAGGACCUCUUCUUGUCAUUGGAGAUGCUUCGGCCUCCGCCAUGCAGUGGGGAAUGGCAGCUGCAAUUGUGAUCUUCGGAGCUUCGACAACUGGCCUUCUGCAUCUUAUAACCUCGCCAUAUGUGCUGAGGUUGAAGCGGCUGGCAGACAAAUCUUUUGAGGCUGAGACGCCUCUAUUGACUGGUGGGAUUCGUACCACUCGAUUCUUUGCAGAAGAUGUGCAGAUUAGUAGCAUGCCAUUCGCCACGUUCAAAGCCAAGGGUCAUAACUUUUAUGUUCACAAAGAGCUUUUCAUCGGCGACGAAGGAAGAGAAAUGCUGUGUGACCUAGUGGGAGUGAAGGCCAUGUCAGAGAUGUAUGAAGACUUGAUACAGAAGAAUCCUGAUGAUCUGGAUGCUAUGUAUCAGUACGGCAUGUUUUUGUGGAAACAUCUCAAAGAUACUGAGGCUGCGGAGGUAAUCAUAGUCGCGGGAGGGAACAAGGAAGCGAUUAAGGGUGGCAGGAAGGAAGGAGAGCGGAAAAAGUUGGUGAUAGGCAAGAUGGAAAAUGUCGUCUUGACAGCCCUGCUUGAAUUGAAGAAAGAAAAGAAUGCACCCAACUAA